UUGUAGUCCUAGUUGACAGGUGAAGUGGUCCUGUCUAGUUGUCUCUCUCCCCAUCUAUAGUCUACACACACAGAGAUAUUGCACAAUCUAUUCUAUAAACUCACAUGCCAUAACUGAAUUUGGGGUCCCUCAUCUUUGAGUCAUUGCAAUGGAGGAGAAAUACGAGGUAUUAAAACAACUUGGUUCUGGGAAUUUCGGAGUGGCCAGAUUGGUUAGAGAUAAGAUAACAGAGGAGCUUUUCGCUGUCAAGUUUAUUGACAGAGGAAACAAGAUUGAUGAGAAUGUUCAGAGAGAAAUCAUCAAUCACAGAUCAUUAACGCAUCCAAAUAUUGUCAGGUUCAAGGAAGUAAUGCUGACUCCGUCACAAUUGGCGAUAGUCAUGGAAUAUGCAGCUGGAGGUGAGCUCUUUGCUAAGAUAUGCAGUGCCGGUAGAUUUAGUGAAGAUGAGGCACGCUAUUUCUUUCAGCAGCUUAUAUCUGGAGUCAGCUAUUGCCACUCCAUGGAAGUAUGUCACAGAGACUUAAAACUUGAAAACACUCUCUUGGAUGGAAGUCCAACUCCACGCCUUAAAAUAUGUGAUUUUGGUUAUUCAAAGUCAGCGGUACUGCACUCCCAACCCAAAUCAACAGUAGGAACUCCGGCUUAUAUUGCCCCAGAGGUCCUCUCCCGAAAGGAAUACGACGGAAAGAUUGCUGAUGUAUGGUCAUGUGGUGUGACACUAUAUGUGAUGCUAGUGGGAGCGUACCCUUUUGAGGAUCCUGAAGAUCCUAGAAAUUUUCGCAAAACCAUUGGGAGAAUAAUGAGUGCGCAGUACUCCAUCCCUGAUUAUGUGCGUGUGUCUGCUGAGUGUAGACACCUUCUCUCCCAAAUCUUUGUUGCAAACCCCUCAAAGAGAAUUAGCAUUCCUGAGAUUAAGAAGCAUCCAUGGUUUAUAAAAAAUAUGCCUCAAGAACUGGUGGAGGGAGAGAAAACAAACUACGGGGAAGCUGAGCGUGACAAACAACUUCAGAGCAUUGACGAAAUUAUGCAGAUCAUACAAGAGGCCAAGAUCCCUGGAGACACAGGAACGAAAGCAGAGGGGAAACCUGGUGGUAUUGGUGAUUCACUUGAUGCCGAUGAGGAUGUGGACCUGGAAUUUGAUAUUGAUUACAGUGGUGAUUGUGCAUCACAAAUUUGAACACGGCAUCUCCAAAAAUGGGCCGCAAUUUGGGUUAUGGUUUCAUUUGCAACACUUGUUAAUGAAUUGAUUGAUAUUCAAGUUUUUAUUGAUAAUCUGUCACUAUUGCUUAA